AUGAUAUACUACUGAUACUAAUGUAUUUCUCUCACCAAACCAAGCUUUCUUUUCUUCCCUGUCCUUUUCCUUUUUCCAGUCAUUGGCAUCUAUUUACCCAAGCUCCUGCUCUGGCAGUGGCUAAAACAAACUUUGCAGUUCUCUUUUGCACAUCGCCAUUGCUUCUGUUAGCUUUGUCUGCAGCUCUUUUUGUGGUGUUCUCUGGUGAAGAGAGCAACUCCCAAGUAUUAGUGGCUUCUUUGAAUAGUGAAGGCAUUGCUCUUCUCUCAUUCAAGCAGUCAAUCAAAGAAGACCCAGAAGGGUCACUCAACAACUGGAACUAUUCUGAUGAAAACCCUUGUUCUUGGAAUGGGGUCACAUGCAAAGAACAAAAAGUUGUUUCCAUCACCAUUCCAAUGAAGAAUCUCCAUGGAUUUCUCCCUUCUUCUCUUGGGUCUCUCCCUGAGCUCAGGCAUGUGAAUCUAAGGAACAAUAAGUUCUUUGGAAGCUUACCUUCUGAGCUCUUUGAGGCUCAGGGGCUUCAGAGCUUAGUCCUUUAUGGAAAUUCCUUUUCUGGGCCCAUCCCAUCUGAGAUUGGGAAGCUUAAGUAUCUUCAAACCCUGGAUUUGUCACAAAAUUUCUUCAAUGGGUCAUUAACCACAUCAUUGACUCAGUGCAAAAGAUUGACAACCCUUGAUCUCAGUCACAACAAUUUCAUUGGUUCUCUACCUGAUGGGUUUGGAACAAACUUGAUUUCCCUUGAGAAACUGGACCUUUCAUUCAAUAAAUUCAGUGGCCCAAUUCCUGAUGACAUAGGAAAUUUGUCUAAUCUUCACGGAACUGUUGAUUUUUCUCACAAUCUGUAUAGUGGUUCAAUCCCACCUAGCCUUGGUAACCUUCCUGAGAAGGUCUAUAUUGAUCUCACUUACAACAAUUUAAGCGGUUCGAUACCACAAAAUGGUGCUCUUAUGAACAGAGGACCAACUGCUUUUAUUGGAAACCAGGGCCUUUGUGGCCCUCCCUUGAAAAAUCCGUGUUUAUCUGACGCCUCGGGUUUGAGCCCUCCUUCCUCGUACCCUUUCUUGCCAAGUAAUUAUCCGCCACAAAAUAGUAGUGAUAGCAGUGGAAAGAGCAGGGGUGGAGGAGGGCUUACCAAAAGUGCUGUGAGAGCAAUUAUUGUUGGCGAUGUGGUUGGAAUUUGCCUAAUUGGGCUGCUGUUCUCCUAUUGCUAUUUGAGUGUUUGUUCUCGCCGCAGAACAAGGGAUGAAAAUGGUCAUGGAUUUGAGAAGGGACGAAAAAGGAGGAAAGAGUGUUUGUGCUUUACAAGGGAUGAAUCUGAAACUUUAUCAGAGAAUGUGGAGCAGUAUGAUCUUGUACCACUGGAUGCACAAGUGGCUUUUGAUCUAGACGAACUCCUGAAAGCAUCAGCAUUUGUGCUAGGAAAGAGUGGUAUCGGGAUCAUUUACAAAGUUGUGCUUGAAGAUGGGCUUACCUUGGCAGUGAGAAGGUUAGGAGCGGGUGGCUCUCAGCGGUUUAAAGAAUUUCAGACUGAAGUGGAAGCGAUUGGGAAGGUAAGGCAUCCCAAUAUCGUAACUCUUAGAGCCUAUUACUGGUCUGUUGAUGAGAAGCUGCUCGUCUAUGAUUACAUGCCUAAUGGAAACCUUGCGACUGCAAUUCACGGGAAGUCUGAAGUGGUAUCAUUUUCGCCGUUACCAUGGUAUGUUAGGUUGAAAAUAAUGAAAGGAACGGCAAAAGGUUUGGUUUAUCUGCACGAGUACAGUCCGAAAAAGUACGUCCAUGGAGACCUCAAGCCGAGUAAUAUACUACUUGGAGACAGCCUGGAACCUAAAAUCUCUGACUUUGGACUUGGCCGCCUUGCUAAUAUAGCUGGAGGAUCCUCAACCCAGCACUCUGCUCGAAUGACCUCUGAGAAACCACAUCUGGGGCAGCAAAGUAGUGCCACACCCGAGUUUGUGGCAGCCAGUUCUCCAGCAAACUCGGGUUCCUAUUAUCAAGCUCCCGAGGUGCUGAAAGUGGUGAAGCCGUCGCAGAAAUGGGAUGUCUACUCAUAUGGAGUGAUCUUGCUGGAAAUGAUUACAGGAAGAAUGCCAGUGGUUCAAGUAGACACCUCAGAAAUUGAUCUCGUUCACUGGAUUCAGCUUUGUAUUGAAGAAAAAAAGCCUCUUUCAGAUGUCUUGGACCCGUACUUAGCUGAAGAAGUAGACAAGGAGCAGGAGAUGAUUAUUACAGUUCUAAAGAUCGCGAUGGCAUGCGUGCAGAAUAGCCCCGAAAGAAGGCCCACGAUGAGGCAUGUCGUUGAUGCUCUCGAGAGACUGGUAGUGCCCAGUGAUUGAAACGACAACCGGCUGCACAAAGGUUCAUUCAUUGCUAACCAAAAAGUUUUGCUUGAAUUGAUCAAGAGCCGAAUGAGCUGGAAGUAGAAUGUUAGAUGAAGGCUGCUAUUUGCUAAUUUGUUUUUCUUGUGAAUUGGGUGCAUGGACAUAAACAGGAAGAUGUCUUCCUCUUUAUCCUGUUUCUUAGUACGGUGAGGUGAUUGUUUAUUUGUUGUUUCCAUGCCUGAGCUUAGCCCUGUUAGCUAGGAAAUAAACAACGGAGUGAGGGAUUUAACUGUUGAGCAUGUGAACACAUUUUUGUGGGGGGACCUUUGUACCAUUCUGAGCCCCUUUUCUAGUAGUCCUGGAUCCUGCUUGUACCGUUUGCUUGCACGUGAAAUGAUAAAUGGAAUGAGAGUUCGAAUCUCA